GGGAGUCGUAUGUCUCAGCGCUCCUCUCGGGAUAUUCUUUUCAGUUCGUCUUUUGAGCGCUCCUCCUGUCUCCAGUCCUGUCUCUCCUCCUGUCUCCAGUCCUGUCUUCCCCCCGCGCUCCUUUAAGCCGUGUCGCAGUGAGAGAAAGGGAGAAAGGGGAAGAGGGCGCGGAGAGAAUAGCGAACCGGUCUCCGCAUCCUUCCAGGUGGCUGCCUCUGAAUCAGAGAUGAGAUUGGGCUCUCGGUUUCAGAGCUGUAAGGCGCUGGUGUUCCGGAGAGAGGCGGCUCUGGUGUGACACCUUCCCGCUCAGCAGUGCCUCGGGUUCGGCUUAAGGUUCGUUGGGUGUCAGGAGAUAUCUCAGGACAUGGAGGGUUGCUAGUUGGAUGAGGAUUCAUUUCGGGAGCAGCUGAAAGUGUUGUGUCACAUUUUCAACCCAAAACUCUUUCAGUGGCCUGUCUUGGAAGCAAAUUUGCCAGUUUUGUGAGAUGGUCACAUGACUGCAGCAUGAUUACCAAAAAAGCCAAUUUGCAGCUUUAGCCCGCCUCAGCGAACAAUCAGAGACUCCCACCCACACACACUCCCACACAUGUGUGCCGUUUGCCAUGAAUCUGGCCACCAAGCUGCGGAGGAAUCUGAGGAGGCUGGUCAUCCUCCUCGCCACCUUCUGUAUGGUCAGCGUUUUAGUCUCCGCCUACUACCUUUACACAGGCUCCACCCAAGGACUGGACCUUGCGGACCGUGCCGCAGGUCCAGACUGUGCCGACCUCCGGGUGCUCCCUUUCCGACAGUCAGAGCCUCGGACGCCUAAACCGAUCGAUCCGUCACGUAAGGAUCCGGUGGUGUUGGUAUUUGUAGAGAGUCAGUAUUCUCAACUGGGACAGGACAUCAUCGCCAUUCUAGAAUCCAACCAAUUCCGUUACCAUGCCGAAAUUGCGCCGGGAAAGGGUGACAUCCCGCCUCUAACGCACAAUGGCCGUGGACGCUAUGCACUGGUCAUCUACGAGAACCUUCUCAAGUAUGUUGGGAUGGACGCAUGGAACCGUGACCUUCUGGAUAAAUACUGUGCCGAAUACAGCGUUGGAGUCAUCGCAUUUCAUCGUGCAAGUGAAAACUCCCAGCCUGCACUGCAGCUUAGGGGUUUCCCUCUGACAUUGCGAACAAAUGUUGCACUUCGAGACUGCUGCGUAAACCCCCGCUCACCUCUGCUUUACAUAACGCGGGCGGAAGUGGAUCGUGGCCACUUAACAGGAGAGGACUGGACUGUGUUUCAGUUCAACCAUUCCACGUAUGAACCAGUCCUAUUAGCUAAAACUCGGCCCAGUGAGAGUGGAGGGGCCCAGAUCAUACCAGGUCCCCAGGGUCUCCAUGCUACCGUUGUGCAGGACUUGGGCCUGUACGAUGGGGUGCAGCGUGUGCUGUUUGGACAUGGGCUGAGCUACUGGUUACACAGACUUAUACUGGUGGAUGCCAUCGCUUAUCUCACAGGCAGGAAGCUGUCACGAUCUCUGGAACGUUACAUCCUGGUUGACAUAGAUGAUAUUUUCGUGGGGAAGAAAGGGACAAGAAUGAAUGUGAAUGACGUGAAGGCUCUUCUAGAAACACAGAACAUGCUGAGGUCGUACAUUUCUAACUUCACCUUUAACCUGGGAUUUUCUGGGAAAUUCUUCCAUACAGGUACGCAGGAGGAAGAUGAUGGAGAUGAUCUGUUGUUGAAAUAUGUUGAUGAGUUCUGGUGGUUUCCUCAUAUGUGGAGUCAUAUGCAGCCUCAUCUCUUCCACAAUGAAUCCUCUCUGAUGGAACAAAUGAUCCUGAACAAAGACUUCGCUUUGGUGAGAAAAACUACACCUCUAACUUGCCCAUACACAAUCAGUGAACAAAACCAUCAUCCAGGUACGCAGGAGGAAGAUGAUGGAGAUGAUCUGUUGUUGAAAUAUGUUGAUGAGUUCUGGUGGUUUCCUCAUAUGUGGAGUCAUAUGCAGCCUCAUCUCUUCCACAAUGAAUCCUCUCUGAUGGAACAAAUGAUCCUGAACAAAGACUUCGCUUUGGAGCAUGGUAUUCCAGUAGAUCUGGGAUAUGCCGUGGCCCCUCAUCAUUCUGGUGUAUAUCCAGUCCAUAUUCAGCUGUAUGAGGCUUGGAAGAAAGCAUGGGGGAUACGAGUGACCAGUACUGAGGAAUACCCACACCUCAAACCUGCACGCCACCGCAAGGGAUUCAUUCAUAAUGACAUCAUGGUGCUGCCCCGUCAGACAUGUGGUUUAUUCACACAUACCAUCUUCUAUAAAGAGUAUCCGGGAGGCCCUAAAGAACUGGACAAAAGCAUACGAGGAGGAGAGCUGUUUCUGACCGUCCUUCUCAACCCUAUCAGUAUAUUUAUGACUCAUCUUUCCAACUAUGGGAACGACCGCUUGGGCUUGUAUACGUUCACUAAUCUGGCUAACUUCCUGAAAUGCUGGACCAACCUGAGGCUGCACACACUUCCUCCCCUGCAGCUCGCACACAAGUACUUCACACUCUUCCCAGAACAGAGACACCCGCUAUGGCAGAACCCAUGCGAUGAUAAACGGCAUAAGGACAUCUGGUCCAAAGAGAAGACCUGCGACAGGCUGCCCAAGUUCAUGGUGGUCGGGCCUCAGAAAACAGGCACGACAGCGCUCUACCUCUUCCUGAUCAUGCAUCCCUUCAUCUCCAGCAACUUUCCCAGUGUGAAAACAUUCGAGGAAGUUCAGUUUUUCAACACCAACAACUACCACAAAGGCAUUGACUGGUACAUGGAGUUCUUUCCUGUACCCUCUAAUGUCAGCACAGAUUUCCUGUUUGAGAAGAGCGCAAAUUACUUUCCUUCUGAGGAGACGCCCAAACGAGCCGCUGCUCUCUUGCCUAAAGCCAAAAUCUUUACUCUGCUGAUCAACCCUUCAGACAGGGCAUACAGCUGGUACCAGCAUCAGAGGGCUCAUGAAGACCCGGCAGCAUUACAGUUCAGUUUCUACGAGGUUAUUUCAGCAGACCAGCUCGCUCCACCUGAGCUGCGCUCUCUCCAGAACCGCUGUCUCGUACCUGGACUCUACGCCACACACCUGGAGAGAUGGCUCAUAUACUACCCUCCAAACCAGCUGAUGAUUAUUGAUGGACAGCAGCUGAGGAAUGACCCAGCUAAAAUGAUGGACGAGCUUCAGAAAUUUCUGGGUGUCACUCCCUAUUACAACUACUCCCAGGCACUCACGUUUGAUCCUCAGAAGGGCUUUUGGUGUCAGCUGUUGGAAGGGGGCGGGACUAAAUGUUUGGGGAAGAGUAAGGGCCGCAAAUACCCACCCAUGGACUCUGAGUCACGAGCACUUCUCUCCAGAUUCUACAGGGAUCAGAACAUUGAAUUAUCUAAGCUGCUGCACAGACUGGGUCAGCCGCUACCGGCCUGGCUCAGAGAGGAACUACAGAAGGUCAGGUAGCCCUAACCAAACCACCGCUCCCCUGGGUCAAAGAUCCAGAUUCAGCCCUCAAUGGAAACUAGACUCUUGAACGGUACUCAAUGCCACCUACCUGCAAGCUUGCAGAGCAAAGGUCAGAAAUUCAACUCACCAAUCAUUGGUGCCUCUGGAAAUCCAAACAAAGCAGUAUUGUGUGUCCAUGGCAACAUGACAUUUUUGUUGCAAAAGGUCAGUUGUUUUUUUUCAGUGAGGUACGGUGAUGUAACUGUGACCCUUGAACUUCAGAUGCAGCUAAACAAAGACUGCAUAAAGUCUGUAACUGAAAAAUUCAAAUGUCCUCAGACUUCCUCCUAUACUUUCCCCCAUCAGUCACUGGAUAUAAAGGUAUGGCUUUAGAUUUUAUACGUCUUCAUCGAGAGAGAUUUAGAACUGCACAACCACUGUUCAUAACCUCACUCUUGCAAAUAUAUCAGUCAAUCAAUCUAUCAGCCAAUCAAAGUGAAGAUGCAGAAUGUUAAGAAUCAUUAUGGAGAAAUAAAGAGCACAGUCAAGUUUUCUGCAUCAGCUUUAAACCGGUUAAUGGAGUGAUGUCAUUGUGAUGUCAAUGUCUCAAUCCACGUCCCAGUUACUGUUGUUCUAGACACAAUGGCCUGAAGAGCGGAAAUGAUUUCAGUGUGUGUGUGUGUGUGUGUGUGUGUGUGUGUGUAAGGGUAAAUACAUAAGCCCUUGUGUGAGUGUGUGUCUAGGCAUAGGUCUGUAGCCAGGUAGCCUUAGCCCCGCCCACUGGACUGCAACUGGUUGGCUGAUGAAUUUGA